UUCCUUAGGCAAAGCACAUGUUCGUUCUGGGAAACAAGACUUGGUUCAUUGGGGAAAAAAGGAAAAAAGAAAACCGUUGUCAUUUUCAGAUUUACAUUUCUACUUCACUCAAUUUUCUGCCCUCCUUUUGUGUAACUUCUUUCUGACACAUAUUCAUAUUGUUCCAAAAUUGCAAAUGUCAGCUUUAUGUAGCCUACGCAGAGGUUGGACAUCAUAGACUAGAAAGUUUAUGACAGUUUUAGCUAGUAGCCUAGCUUGUAAUUUGGGCACGGUUUUUUCUCUUCUGGACUUGAUCAUAUUGCAGGAAGUCACUUCCUGCACAUCAGCUGUUUGACUGUAUAUUAUGGUCGCGCUGCAGUGAUACGAUCUGAUCGCCUUUUCCUCCCAAGCCGGGCAACAUGACAAGCCGGCGGUGGAAUGAAAACUUAGCAUUUUUGACUGUACUCUACGUUUUGUCAUUAACGGUGAAGUGCUCCAGUGACAAUGUGCUACCAAACCCAUCUGAAGGGAACAGUCUGGAUCCACCCAAGCAGCAAAGCACCAUGGGAAAACUGGAACGCUACGAGACAACAGUACCUUUUCUACUGUUAAGAGGAGAGUGGAGACCUGCCAGCCUCCUGCAAUCCAUGAGCCACCCUGCAUCCUUGAAGUUACUGAUUGAAGCUGAAAGUGAACAGCUGGUCUUAGCUCUGGAGAAAAAUGAGGGCUUGUUUGCCAGUCAUUACACGGAGACUCACUACCUGGAGAACGGAAGCGUGGUCACUGGCUCUCCAAACUCUACGGUAAAUUGCUACUACCACGGAGUGGUUGAAGGACGUGUCCACUCGGACGUCAGCCUCAGUGCGUGCUCGGGUCUCAGGGGAUUCAUCGCACUUGAAGAUAAGGCCUUUGUUCUGGAACCCGCCUUCUUUCCAGACAACGGCACUCACUUGAUUUAUAGAGGAGAGAACCUCCGCUUGUCCCCUGGCUCCUGCGGUCACGGUUUCAACAUAUCGAAUGCGGUCACGGACUACGUGGGAGGCCCUUUCCGGCAGUUCAGCUCCAGGCACAAGAGACACGCCCAGAGGACCACCAAAUACGUGGAGCUGAUCAUUGUGGCUGACAACCGAGAGUUUCAGAAGCAAGGAAAGGACGUGGAGAAGGUGAAGCAGAGGCUGGCUGAAAUCGCCAACUACGUCGACAAGUUCUACAGAGCCCUGAACAUCCGGGUGGCCCUGGUGGGCCUGGAGGUGUGGAGCGAUGCAGACAAGUGCGCAGUCACCCAGGACCCCUUCACCACCCUGCACGAGUUCCUGGACUGGAGGAAGCUCCGCCUCCUUCCGCAGAGGCCCCACGACAACGCCCAGCUGAUCAGCGGAGUGUACUUCCAGGGCACCACCAUCGGCAUGGCGCCCAUCAUGAGCAUGUGCACGGCGGAGCAGUCGGGGGGUAUUGUCAUGGAUCACUCGGACAACCCGCUGGGGGCGGCGGUGACCCUGGCGCACGAGCUGGGCCACAACUUCGGAAUGAACCACGACACGCCGGAGAGGGGCUGCGGUUGCCGGGUGACCGCUGACCGAGGGGGAUGCAUUAUGACGCCGUCCACUGGGUACCCCUUCCCUACGGUGUUCAGCAGCUGCAGUAAGAAGGACCUGGCCGCCAGUCUGGAGAAGGGCGUGGGCAUGUGCCUGUUCAACAUGCCCGAGGUCAAGGUGCUGUACGGGGGGCAGAAGUGCGGGAACGGGUACGUGGAGGAGGGCGAGGAGUGCGACUGCGGCGAGCUGGAGGAAUGCAUGAACCCCUGCUGCAACGCGACCACCUGCACGCUGAAGGGGGACGCCGUGUGCGCGCACGGCCAGUGCUGCGAGGACUGCAAGCUGAAGCUCGCGGGCACGCCCUGCCGGGAGUCCAGCAACUCCUGCGACCUGCCCGAGUUCUGCACCGGCGCCAACGCCCACUGCCCCGCCAACGUCUACCUGCACGACGGGCACGCCUGCCACAACGUGGACGGGUACUGCUACAACGGCAUCUGCCAGACCCACGAGCAGCAGUGCAUCACGCUGUGGGGGCAGGGAGCGAAGCCAGCCCCUGGGAUCUGCUUCGAGAGGGUCAAUUCUGCGGGUGACCCCUAUGGGAAUUGUGGAAAGGAUUCCAAGGGUUCAUUCGUCAAAUGUGAAACAAGAGAUGCUAAGUGUGGCAAAAUUCAGUGUCAAGGAGGGGCCAACCGGCCGGUAAUUGGUACGAAUGCUGUCUCCAUAGAAACAAACAUCCCCCUGCAGGAGGGGGGGAGGAUUCUGUGUCGCGGGACUCACGUUUACCUGGGGGAUGAUAUGCCCGACCCGGGCCUGGUACUGACCGGUACCAAGUGUGCAGAGGGCAUGAUGUGCCUGAAUCGCCGAUGCCAGAAUGUCAGCAUGUUUGGUGUGCAUGAGUGCUCCAGGCGGUGCAACGGGCAUGGGGUGUGCAACAACAAGAAGAACUGCCACUGUGAGGCGCACUGGGGACCCCCUUUCUGCGACCAGGCCGGGUUUGGGGGCAGCAUGGACAGCGGGCCCAUGAGACAGGCGGACGGCCGCAGCGUGACGGUGGGCGUCCUGGUCGUGCUGCUGGGGGUCAUAGUUGCCGGCCUCAUCGUCUGCCUGAAGAGGAAGGCUCUCGUCCGCCUGCUCUUCGCCAACAAGAAGACCGCCAUCGAGAAAUUAAGGUCCGUGGGCACGAAUGGGCCGUCCAGUCCGACCCAAACGCAGUCUGGGAACAGGACGUCCCCUCCCCGGCAGCCCCAAAACCAGCCCCAGAGCACCAGCAUAUGCAAGCCGGCUCACGCGGGGGCCUCCCCCCUCCCCCCACCGCACAGCUUCCACCCCCAGGGCCUGCGCCGACUGCCCCAGUGCCCGCCCGUCCACAUCAGCCACCCCAUCCCCCUGCCCCCCGCCCCGCCCUCGCACCGGGGCACGCCCUCCCACGGACCCCCCCGUCCCAGAGGAGCGCCUCUGCGUAACCCGGCCCGCCACAGCUCCUUCAGGAUGGACGCGGAACUGGAAAAGCCCAGCCCCCCAAAGAAGCCCCUGCCCGCAGACCCCCUUGCCAGGACCUCUCGUUUGGGACGCAGUUCCUCUGCCGUGGGGUCCCCCAAACCGGUUCCAGUCCCUCUCCCAGGGAUCCCCAGACCGGCUCCUCCCAUUCCACACUCAGCCAGACCUUCAUCCAAGCAGCCCCCGACGCUACCAAAGCCGAGAAUGCUUCCUGACGGGAGGUACAGGAGCUGAGGAGCGGGGCGGGAAGGAGGAGAACGGAAGACGACACAAUACGUUUUGCACUACAGAACUCUCGAAAACCUUCGGAUGGGGUUUGUCUGAGUUUUGAAAAGGGGUUUGAGCUGACACCGCGGUGCUCUCUCUCUCUCUUUCUCUCUCUCGUAUCGGUGCUAUGAGUCCUCGCUCAGGUACUUGUAAAUUAUUUAUGUCCUGUAUUUAUUACGAUGCGGUGCACUGUGGUAGACACUUUUGAUGGUAGCGUUUGUGCUUUUUUUUUUUUUUUUUGUCGUCGUUGUUUCUGCUUAUGGAUUUUUUUUUAUACGCAGAAUCGGAGAACUCCCAUGGUUGCGCCGUAGCUGAGGAAUCGUUUGACUCACCUCUGUGUUUUUAUAGAGUGCUUUUGGCAGAGAGAGAGAAGAACAAGAUUAUUUUUUUAUAAUCUGUGAAAUUGUUAGCGUAGUUGAUCAGUACACAGGUACAACGAAAAACUGGACUGUAGGCACAUUUGAGCGAGACGUAACACUCACACAAUAGCAUAGGGGAGAAAUCCUUCAGCAAACGCAGCGGGGGAUUACGUUAAACCAGACUGCAGAGGGCUCGGAUCAGGAGAUUUUCAUAAACACCAUUGGUGCGUAUGCCCCUGAAUUUCCACCCCAAUCCUAAUGCGCGUACUUAUGGAGUUUAAUCCCACCUCAGCCUCUGCAUCAGCAAACAUCGAGCAGGCCGGUUCUGUUGUGGGGUAGAGAGGCAAACGACGUGUUAUUCUGAGAAAGCCGAAAAAACACAGGACAGAAAUUAAAAUGUAAAUGGAGGAAAUGAUUCCAGCUUGCUAAGGACAAAAUGUUAAAAAAGCACCAUUUGUGCUUUUAGGUGUAAUUCUCGAUGCUUGAAAGAAUUUAACAAUGUUAGUACUGUGUGUGCAGGCUUUCACUGCAUUGGAUACAUCACAGGAAACCCUAGUCAAUUAGGCCAAGGGAUAUCGGCACAGAUUCAGUAGACUGCAGAUAAUCAAAUCCUACUUUGCCUCUAUCCUCUGUACUCGCUCACUCUAAAAGAGUUUGAGAUACCUACUCUUGGUCUGAGCUCAAAGAUUCUGAAGGUUGCUGUAUUAUAAUUCAUGAAGAGAUGUGGCAAAGAACCAGGCAUCCGAACGGCCACUGUUUUUAACAAUAGAUGCUGUGUCACCGAUCAAAUCCUUCCAUGAAUGGACAUAAUUAUCCAUUAAAUGGGUAUAAUCUUUCAGCUUCAGCACCAACAGAGAUGGAACUUUUAAUGUAAAUGUAAGUUCAAAUGUGAAGACUGAAAAUCUGACCAUCUGGAAAGAAUCUAGGCCACAGGCCCGAAGGGCUCGGUUCUCCUGGGCAGAUUCCAAGGCCCGUUCCGUGACUUGAUUGCUGCUGUAAAGGGUUAAGGGAGUCGCGGGAGCUCUUAUGACGGGGGGAGGUAUAGCGAUGCUCGCCCACCCUUGGCCACGGCAUGAGGAGAUCCACUGCUGGAAUAACCCUCUCCCAGAGUGCUCUCCCACUGCCAGACAAUCUUCAAAAAACCUACAGGGCCGGCCCGAGGACUGCCAGACGCUUCGCGUGUUUAGGACUUUAAAAUAAGGGUUUUGUUUUAUCGAAGGUCACGGAUUUGAUGGAUUUAGAUGGUUCUUGUAAGGAAGCCACGCUCCGACAACUCAUCCCACCCUUCAACCCACCCAGCCGCCCUGGCCAGCUUGGCCACGUGCAAAUCACCCUGAGGGGUUAGAACAGGCGCGUCCUGACAUCAGGUCCGGCGCACGAUCGUAAACCUGACACUCGCAGGAAAAACAAUGUAAUCGCGGCGUCGCAGGGCUCGCCGUUUCAAUAGCCAACUCCUGAUUAGCACCGCACCUCACAAUCACCCCUGACCAGAAUGACUUCAGUUUUUGCAGAUUAAAUGUCAGUGCAGUGUACUCAGUGUUCUCCAACAACCCCCUCCCCCCCCCCCACGCAAAUGACGGGCUUGCGGCGUUCGCUCUGAAGAAAUGGAUGACUAUCUCGAGCACUAAUUUCAGCCCCACCCAGUUUUUUUCCCUCCCUUUGGAGACCAUUCUUCCAGAUGGCCCGGCCCUCGGGAAACCGCACGAGGACCUCUCCUUUGCAAUUAAAUAUUAAAUUCAUCCCGGCAAACGCAAAACAGGCUGCAGGCGUAUCGGGGCUGAGUCCCACAUUUCCCGUAGAUUUCCCCCCUCCGUACCCCUGAUCGCGGCUUGUUCCUUGAAAAGCUCCGCGAUCCGAGCCAAGCUGCAUCAUUGAAACCACCUGUCGCCACUUUCAUGACACUUCAGGAGAGCGCUAAAGAGGAAAAAUGCUUCUGACACGCACUCCCACGCUAAGCAAGCAUUUCAUUACAGCACACCUGCAGCAACUACUGAAGCGAAGAAGCCAGGUCAACAUGUGCUUCUUGAAAACGCAUUUGUAAUACACAGUAUAUAGCAAACAGGACUCUCGACGCUUAGCAAAUCGCAGACACUAGCAAUUGUGACACUGUGUCACUCGCAAGCAAUUUGAUAUCUGGUUGCCUGUUUUGUUUUUUUACUCAUCAGUCUUAAGCACACUGCCUCUGAGCCAAUCAUUAUCCAAAACUGAUCAUCCGGUCCAAUCAGAGGGGCACAUAUGGAGGUGUCUGGUGAAUGUUUCAUACAUUGUGUUUUCAAAACUAUUUUUUCCAAGUUACAUCUUACAUCUUUGCAACUGUGCAUGUCUGUCUAAAUUCACACCUCGGUCACAUGAUGUGAUUGUUUUUAAACAUUUAUUUUUUUUAUUCUUUACAGUGUAAAUAUCUGAUGGUAGACAUUGUUUCAGUAUACAGUAUACCAGUCUGUUUUGUAACAACCAUGCCUUAUGUGCAGUCUGUUAAAUUGGACAUUCAGCACUUUGUUUGAGGCAUAUUGUUAUUUCACACUAAAACAUUUGUACAUUUGUGACUUUUUAUUUUUCUACUUUAUGGAUAUUUUGCUGAGGAAAACAAGAAAACUCUUGUUCACUGCAUCAUGUAAGUGUCUCCUUCAAUUUACACAUUGAAAUCAAGUUGUACUGGAAUGUUUCAUUUUACAUUUAAAGACAUGUUAAAGCCUGUGUAUGCACAAUAUCGUCAGUAUUCCUCACUGUUGUAAAUAUGUGUGAUUAGACUAUCAUUUCUUUUCUUCCUCAUCUAUGGUGUUACAGGUGAACAUGAUAAUGGGGAAAUGUUCCUUUGUACAACAGUUAUUAAUACAGGAGUAUGUAAGAAAACUACUUUAGGUUUCAACACAUUUCACAUGUCAGAUAAGUUGGUAACCUAGGGCAGUACAAGGACUGGAAGACUCAGUAAUGGAACAAAAUAAAACAAGUUUAAUAAAGUUUUUCUUUAAAAAAAACUGCUGCUAUCUCUU